GAUCAAAGCACAGACAACAGCUGCCCUGUUUUAUUAGAGGCGUGAAGUCGGACCUCUCUGUCACAGAAGAGCUCCUGGAUGUAGCUGCCAUGCAUGGGACCACAACGGGACGGGACAUUCAUGAAGUGGUGGAGAAGUCCACCUUUGACGAGUGUGUGUCAUCAGGAGGAUCUGACUGACUGUCUUUUGUGUUGUAGUGCAUAAAAGGAGAGUGCACCUCGUCUUCAUUUGCAAAUUAUGAUGAGAAACUUACACAAAUAUCAAUUUGUAUAAAUUUCUCAAUCUAGGUAAUUGCUCACAGAAAUGAAACAGGAAACAAUUACAAUGGCAGUAUUGCUCUGGGAAAUGAAAGAUUUCCAGCCGAUAAUUCAGUGAAACUAAUCAUGAUGAAUUAAACAUUAGUUGCACAUCACUAACAGUCAAAUCAUUGACUUUCAUGUGCAUAUGCUUGAUGACAAACAGGCAGCUGGACUAAUCCCAGGUGUCCCAGCAGUAUUAUACGUUCAUUUGUUUAUUAGUUUUUUCAUUCUUCUGUGUGGGAACACAGACAGUCAGUGGGCUCUGGAACAGGAGCUGGAGGACUUUAUCAUGAUCCUGGAAGCAACGCUGCCGCCAUUCUUCAAGGGAGCUACUGAGCUACACAAAUUGGGAAAGAAGUCCCAUCUGCGAAAGACCACUGAGAAGAAGCCUCCCACCAAAGAGACGAUAGCCAAGCUGCAGCAGUCCGACAUCUGGAAACUCGAAAAUGAGUUUUACGAAUUUGCUCUCGAGCAGUUCCAGUUUGUGCGAGCCCACGCCGUCCGGGAAGAAGACGGAGAACUUUACGUCCUGGGCCAGAACUUCUUCUAUGAGAAGAUCUACCCCAAAGUAAACGGAUCGUGGAGCCAGAAAAUUGACAAAAACUCACAUUAGAAGUCGUAUACAGUGGGAAACAGGGGGAGACACUAAAUUGCACUGAUGAAUGCUGGAUUCUUUGUUCAUGUGCGUCAGUGUUUUCUGUAGUUUGAGUACAGAAAAGCCUUUUUCAGGCUGGACACACAAGUUUCUUCCAGGAAUGUGUGAAAACAUUUUUACUGCUGUGCAGCUGCUGAGGAACCUAAAUGGGGAUAAACUGUCAGUCUGAGCUCUGAGAAAGAAUUUUUCCUAUGGCAGGCUGAACUGUUUAGUCACUGUCUAAACCCAAACCCAGCUCAAUUAUUAAGUUAUGUGUUUGGACCCGUGAGAGAAAAGCAGAAAACCUCAACAAGUGCAACAUUUUUAAAGUGAUAGGUCAGGUUUUUUGAAGUGUGUUUGUAUGAUGUAUUAAUACAUAGGCUCUUUAUCUCACUAGUUGACAUUCUUUUCAUACUGGAAAUUGAAUAUUUUUAAAGCAUAAACCCUCCCACACCACAGCCCAAAGAUGAACUAUGUGAUUUUUUUUAACACUGCUGCAUAGUUUGGUACAUUUGUGUCACCUCUGUAAAUCCAAAGAAAGGACAUUUCAAUGAACAAAGUCUCAAAAUA